AUAUUUUCUCUCUCCAUCUCAUUUGUUCUGUUACUUUUAACUCAACGCUUUGCUAUAACGUCCAAUUUCUCUUUCAAACACCUUUCCUAGUUUAUGCCAUAUGACACAGAGAGACGGUCAAAGGACGUCCUUAGGAUUGAUUUAGGACUUGGACGAUCUAAGAACGUCCUUUGGAUACAGUGUGCUGUGUGGGUGACUUAAAAUUACGUCCAUUGGAUACAAUGAUGAGUUUGUCAAAUAUGGGUCAGCACUGGCUUAUUGUUUAUCUACUAGCAGUAUGUGUACAUCUAUCGCAUCAGAGAUCAAUACCAAGCGAUUCAACUUACAAAGCAGCUGUAGUGGAGUAUCCUCCACAAUAUUUUACAAACGGCAUCGAAACUUUGAAAGUAAAUUCCGAUGCGUAUGUUAGAAUUAUUACAGCAGCAGCAAGUGAUUAUGCGGAUAUAAUCGUUAUGCCUGAAGAUGGCUUGACAACGUUUACCUUUCCAGAAAGAGCAGAAAUGGGAGAUUGGACAACUAUUAUUCCUAGUGCUUCAGACAAUUAUACACCUUGUACUCAAGAUACUAUAGAAGUCAGCGAAGCAUUGAAGAAAAUAUCAUGUGCUGCGAGAAAUAAUGAAAUCUAUGUUGUACUCAACAUCGCUGAGAAAGAAGCUUGCACUGCCGAACCGUGCACAAAUGAUAAAGUAUUCUAUUACAAUAGUAACGUUGUAUUCGAUCGUACAGGCAAAAUUAUUGCCAGGUAUCGUAAAACACAUCUUUAUGAAGAACACAAAUUUAAUGUGAGAGCAGUGCCGGAAGUAGUGACUUUCGAUACUGAUUUUGGAGUAAAAUUUGGAACUUUUAUAUGCUUUGACAUAUUAUUUCACGAACCCGCGUUAAAUUUGACAAGAGAUCUUCAAGUUACUGACAUUGUAUAUCCUACAGCAUGGUUUUCUAUAUUACCAUUCUUAACAGCUGUACAAACGCAAGCAGGAUGGUCCUUUGCUGAAGACGUAAACCUUUUAGCUUCGGGCUAUAACAAACCUAGCUAUGGUAUUGGUGGUAGUGGAAUUUAUUUAGGUCGUCAUGGAAUCGGAACUUCAAUAAUGCCUACAACUACGCACGAGAAAUUAUUGAUAUAUGAUGUACCCAAAAUGAUGAGAACUAGUCACCACGAUCAAUCAAAGGAUCGAGAAGAUGCAAACGAUAAAUUACGAAAGAAGCGAGAAAACGACGAUGGCACAACGACAAUUGAGGAUAAAAUCUUCCUGCUGACAAAUAAUUUUAGCUACUUUAAAUCGAUUGCCUUGGAAGGAAGUACCACGGAAACUGUCUGCCAGAAUGACUUCUGCUGCGAUUUUAAAGUAGAAGUUGCGAAUAUAGACCCAAAGACAAAAUAUUGUUUGAUGGUUUCUAAUGGUCGUCAUCGUUUUUCAUCUAAUGUUGAUGGUGGUGUACGUGGAUGCGGCGUAAUUCAAUGUGCGACUGACGUAAACUCGUCAUACUUUUCCGCGAAUCGAUCGAAAACGGUAUUCAGCAAUAUUGAAAUCGCAGCAACAUUCCACGACUAUAAAAACAAUUUGAUUAUGCCGUCUACAUUAAAUUCAGAUAUACUUCCGCUUAACUAUUGGGUACUUAAUGAAUAUACUCACAACGAUGAUAUACACGUUAACAUGACUAUCCAAAAUAACAAUAUAAACAAUUUAGUAACAUUCGGAAUAUUUUCGAGAAACUUCAAGGAAGACAUUGAAAGUAAGCCACUCUUUAAUAUCAUACAGAAUAAAUGAUUUUGCUCUUAUCAAGAUUGAAAUUUAUAUAAUUACACUAAAAAAUGCUGUUACAUGAAUAGUAAUAAAACUUAAUUUGAUCCAAUUAAACAUCGAACUCUGUCACUAAUAUGAUAUAUACGGUUGAUUUAACUAUA